AAGAAGUCAAACCGGAAGUCGGCGAAGCGGGAGGUUGAAAAACGUAAACAAACUUUUAAGUAGCUGGGACCUUUUAUUUCACGGUAAAAGCAUUAACAAGAUGUUGAAAAAAGCGCCCAAACUGAAGAGCACCGUCAAGACGAAGGCGAAGGGCAGCAUUAUCGUCCGACCGGCGUCAGAGGCGAUGAUUGAGCUGGUGACUCUCCUGUUCCUGAACAGUCUGACUGAAGAGGCGAAGGCCAAAGCGUUUGAGGAGAAAUCUGCCACCAUCAGAGCUCAACAUGUCCGAGCUGUGGCUAAGAAAGUGUUGAAAAAGUCGAGAGGAUGAAGAUGACGAGGAUCAUCGUUUCAUUUUUGUGGACAUUAUAAAAGACAGAAGGAUUAUUUCUGUGGUAUGUUUUUGCCUAAAGUCUACUGUUUUGUGGCUUUAUUUUAUUCUUUGUGAAAGAAAAUCUCUCAGUUUUCCUGUCAUAAAAGUUUUUUGUUUUUUAUUAAAUUGUUAAUUCUUUUAA